AUGCGGCAACAAGACUGGCUUCCCGAAAACAUAGUUCCCCAGAAUAAUGCCAUUUACAAUGAUUCGGAAGCUCUAUACAUGGAAAUGGGAGAAUUGGUCCAGCAAACCGAGGUUAUUCAGAGCCGAUGUUGCCCUUGA